UACAGAGGAGGCAGGGCAUAUUUUCAAGGGGAAAAGGGCGUCACUGCCCUUUGCCCCCGAGCCAAACAACUUUAAGAAACUUUUUGUAGCAUGCAUUCAUCUUCUCUGCUACUUAAACACAUAAGAUAGAGCUAGCUACCUGUGUAUACCGGUGGACGCACUCCCGACAGUCACCAUUUCCACCCCGGAGAGUUCCACGGUGGCUGCGCAGCCCCUUCCCCGGCUGAGCAUCGGGCGGAAGACCCUGGUGGCAGCUGCUGUGGGGGUCAUGCUGGUCCUGGUUCUGGUGGUCCUCAUCCCUGUGCUGGUCAGCUCUGUUGGCACAGGUGGCAUAGAUGACAGCUCGAGCCACUACGAGAUGCUGGGUACCUGCCGCAUGGUUUGUGACCCCUUUCCCAGCACGGGCACGACAGGCACAGGUGUGCACGCAGGAACAGAUACAGCAACCACAGGCCUACAGGUGGACAACGAGGCGGAUCUGAGUGAUCACAGCAUCGGCCCACCGCUGCCUACUUAUAGUGCUCAUGGCCCACAAGGCAAACCAGGACGUCCGGGCAAGCCUGGUCCCCCAGGACCACCUGGAGAGCCAGGCCCACCAGGACCUAAAGGACCGCCAGGAGAUGGUGUGGACAUUGUACGGACGGGGAUUCUAGGUUUAGGGGGUAAAGGAGCAGUUAGCACAACCACCUACAACACCACGCCUCGAGUGGCAUUUUAUGCAGGACUACGAAACCCUCAAGAAGGUUACGAUAUUCUACGAUUUGAUGACGUGGUGACUAAUAUUGGUGGUAACUAUGAGGGCGCAACGGGCAAGUUCACCUGUAAGAUUCCUGGCACCUACUUUUUUAUCUACAACGUGCUGAUGAGGGGAGGAGAUGGCACCAGCAUGUGGGCUGACCUGAUCAAGAAUGGUCUGGUCAGGGCCAGCGCCAUUGCCCAAGACCAGGACCAGAGUUAUGACUAUGCCAGCAACAGUGUCAUCCUUCAUUUGGAUGCAGGCGAUGAGGUUUUCAUAAAAUUGGAUGGGGGCAAGGCUCACGGGGGCAACAGCAACAAAUAUAGCACCUUCUCAGGGUUCAUCCUCUAUGCUGACUGAAGACUAGACAGGACGUGGGCUCAGAGGUGAAAGGUCACAGCCAGAGGACAUUCACUUCCUGACUUUCACUUGGUUCUUGCAGUAAGGUUUAUGUUGCCCAUAGCCACUGAUCCACAGUCAGAUUGUUUUUACAGAUGUUUAAGAUCGGCAGUGAUACAGCGAUUAAGGCUGUGGAUCUGUGGUUAUCGGUAACUAUCUACCUCCUCAUCCAUACGUUCCAUUGUAUACAGGGUGCCUAUGCUGCUAUUUGAUGGACGCGAGCAACGUUACAGUGACAGUCACUGCCAUGUGUCAUGCUGAGGUGCAGUAACAAAUCUGACAGUGCAGAAGCCUCUCCAUCAUUUUUGAGCUGUCAUUUCAAAUUCAAGUCUGGAAAUCCAACAGUUGUGGCGACUGCAGUGUUUGUAAAUGUGCUGUUAGGAUUUAUGUUAAGAUUAUGUUUUUUCAUGCUGUUUGUAUGACAAGAUGUUGUGACUGAGGAGAUAUAUUCUGCCCCAAGAAAUACUAAUUAGUCAAAUCCUGGACGCCAAAAUGAGAUUAUGCUUGUACUGAAUGGCAGACAGUGUCACAAAAUGUAUUGUGUCUCGGUGUGAUGAUUUGGAAAAUCAUGUCAUAUCAGCCCAUUAUAUUUGGCAUAUGUUCGUGUAUAACCUGUACAUUUGAUAUUGAUGUCUGAACACAGUCAAAGUAGUGUACAUACACCAUAUUGUGUGUCUAUUACAGAAUAUAGCUGUUGAUAGAUAGUUGUACAAUUAUCACGUAAUGGUUAAUGUGCUCAUUUGUAAAGAUUGAAUUAUUUAAUGCAUGAAACACCUAUUAAAAUGUUCUGUGUGUUUCCACAAAUGAAAAAGAGAAAAACUGUGAUUUUAAACAAAGUUUAAAUAGCUAGGUGUGGGCUUAAGUAGCAUCUAUUCCUGUUGCUUUUACUUUUAAUGUCCAUGAUUUUUUAUUAAAAAAUUUUUUUUUUGCAUUUCCUCUCACAUUAUGGGGUUAAUGUCAGUCACAUCAUCUAUUUCUUGAUCAGCUGUUCUGAUCUCUCAUUUUCCAGUGAAACCAACCUUUAGUCCUGCAAAUGUUACACACAAGAGAGCCAUGCCAGCCCAGCGAGAGGCAAUCAACGCAAAGAUGAUCACUGAGGGAAAGGGAGAGGAAAUCACAGCUGUGUUAAAUGCCAAAUGAAGCGGGAGAUGAUUGUGUUUCACAAUCAAAGGAGAAAUGUGUUUUUUCCUCUAAUGGGUGUGGAGACGCUGAGAUAUAGCGGGAGAAAGUCAGGGGACGGGUGUUAGAACAUAUCAUGACAAAGCUUAGAUCAGUGUCGGAAAGUAAUCCAGGGCAAAUUAGGCUCUGCUGUGACAGCGACACAAGUGUCAGAGACAAGAAAAUAGCUUCCAGGCCUAAACUGUAAAAACCAAUAUACUUUUCUGUUUUCUUAAGAGCUCACUUUGAUAUUGUGAAAUUCUUUGGACAUAAUUCCCCUUUGACACGGGCCACGCAUGGUCCAAAACUGUUUCUUAUAUAGUUUGAAACACCAAGUUAAGAGUUCAAGAUCAAAAGUUUUGAGGGUGUUAAGAAGUGAAGAUAUGGAAACCAUGUCAAAAUGCACAUUUACUCAUUCACUGAAGCUAAUAAAACUGAAUGUCAGCCCAA